AUGGGAGGCUGCGCCUUUGCCCAUCACGGUCUCGAUACUCCACGCAUGCCGCCCGAGAUCUACGAGCAUGUCAAAGCCAAGUGCACUGCUGCCUUGCGGGAGCUAUACAUAUGCGUUGCAAGCCCUAUCGAGGGACCCGAGAAGGAAGAUUUUGGCGAUAUUGACAUCGUCCUCACUUGGGAGAAGGCCCCUUUACAGGCUAGAUCCAUAACGAAACCUACUUCAGCGGCAGCGGACGACAGAGCCGACGUCGAGAGCCAAGAAUCUGGCGACGAGGAAUGCGUUGGCACCGACGAUGAAGAGGGACAGGAGCGAUCACCGGCUCACUCAACCAUGUCUCCGGAAGAGGCACGCCGAGCCAUUGGGGCUGCCCUGGGAGCCGAGUAUACCAUGUUUAGUAAGGUCGGCGGCCACUACGCCAUCCCAUGGCCAGCUUCCGAAUCCCCAAUUGAAACAGACGAGGUCCAAACAGACGAGGAGCCCAAGCGAUACAUUCAGAUUGACAUUACAAUUUGCGAAUCCUUGCAGCAAAUGCAAUGGAACCUGUUCAAGAAUGCUCAUGGCGAUCUAUGGAGCAUCCUCGGUUCCAUCAUCAAGCCGUACAUGCUCACAGCAGACGGCCAUGCCCUCUUCUUGCGGAACCCUGACAUUGAAAGCUUUGAAAAAUACAAAAGCUUGGCCAGGCUCCGUCUGACCAGAGACCCGGCCGAGAUUCUUCUGUUCCUUGGUCUCGACGUCGCCAGAUACUCCGAGCCCUUUGCGACCCGUCAAGAGAUGUACGAGUACGCCGCCAGCUGCCGUCUCUUCCGCGUCCAUCCCGACGCAGAAUAUGACGAGUCAGGGCAGCUAGAGUCGGCCGGCUCGCCUAUUUCAACAGCUCCAACCUUGCUGUCAACUGGACCAGACCCCACGAAGUCGCCGAUCUCGAAGAAUCCCAUGAUGCCAACGACCGUGCCGGGACUAGAACCUUCUGACGAGUCAGAACCAGCCAGGAAGAAGCUGAAGGCUAAGGACAGGAAGCGCCUCAAGACUCGGUUGGCAUUCCGUCAGUGGCAUGAAGAAUUUGUCCCUCGUUGCCGGCAAGAAGGCCGCUUUCUUGGAGAGCCGUUCACUUGGUUGAACGUUACGGAGGACGCUUUUGACCGUUUCUGCAUUCGGCCAUGGUACAAGCGUGUCCAUCUUGAUGUCGUUCGCAGCAGAAGCGAGGACAGAGUUUUGGCAGACGUCCUCAAGACGAUCGACAAUAUCGUUCCCGCCGACCCUGCCGAUCCUAAGAGAUGCCAGUUCCGCGGGGGGCUGAAAAAGGCCCUCAAGAAAAUCAUUUUCCAAGGGGAUAAAAGCUAUGGCGUGGCGCCCGAGAGGGAGCUGAGAGAUGGUUUGGGGUUGAUGAUUAAGGACGAGAUCGACAGGUUUGUGAGCAACAAGUGGAAGGAGGUUGGGGACGCAGCUAUGGAGAGGAAUCAAAAAAGAUUCAAGGAGCAUUGCCGUGGGAAGGGAAAAGCACGACAGGAUUAA